UUCGGUUGAACGACGAGACAGUUUUUUUUAGGAAAAAGUCAUUCCUUUCGCUUUCAGAAGUAAUUAAAAAUGGACUUGGAAAUUGUACGAAAUUCCUCUGAGGAUGAGGAUCCAGGUGAAACUAUGAUAAAAAUAAUUGAACGCGCAGAAGCUCUUCUAGCUUCAUUGCCAAAUCAAAGAGCGAAAGAAGCUGCAAUAAACCAAAGAGUUUGUGGAAUAAGAAAAGAAUCUACAGUGCCAUCCAACGUGAACACGUCGGGGCCGUCAGGUUCUUCAAAACCGAAACGGCGCCCCAUCGAGACUGUCCAUGAUGACGAUUGCAUCAUUGUCGAACCUGAGCCUGAUGUGGAACCGAAGAAGGCAGCAAAGUUGGCGGCAGCGUCGUCUGUUUCCCAGUCUAUGUCCCCAACGCCACCAAGCGUAGCUCCUCCGGGCGUGUCGGAUGGCAUUACCUGUCCCAUUUGCUUCGAAAACGUGUUUCAAAUGCAGGCAGCAUCUACCAUAUGUGGCCAUCUUUACUGCUACCAGUGCAUUGCCAUGGAAAUUGAGGUACGCCCGAAGUGUCCGAUUUGCUCCAGACCGCUGCAAGCACCGGAUAUUAUCCAACUGUUUCGUAAUUGAUGAUUCUAUACACUAGAACCGGUAUGUAAUUAUUAUCAAGGCAUUGUUGAUGCUUUUCUGAGUUUAUUUGAUCAUUCUUUAACUUGUUAUUUGUUUUAAUAAAUGCGUCAUCGAGUUAUGAGUUCCUAGAUUUAAAUACCCGUCUUUGCCCCAAUUUGUUAUUUUGAGUCGAUUUUUUUUUCAUCUGAUCCGUUCCUGUGUGACCACCCGAAUGAGCAUAUUUAUGAAACUUCCAUAAAACCAGAUAAUUCUUAAUACCUUCUCUCGUACAGCAAGGUGUAAGAUAGGUCAGUACACAUAAUAUAACAUACAAUGAUGGUAAAUAGGUAUUGAAUUGAAAAUGGAACUAGUUUGAUUAAAUAAAUGCGUUCAUACAAUA